AUGUCUGAAAUGGGUCUGGAGAAUGUGUUUUAUCUCGAAAGUGAGUUGAUUUACCUGUGUAAAGGUGCGGAGGGAUGGUGUUGCUUGGAAACACUCCCCGGAUACUGGGCUCUUAGCCGGAGACAGAUCAAUAACAUCUCCAUCCGUCAGGAUGGUGUUAUGCAAAACAUCUGCCUGCAUAGUUUUAACUGCUUUAUUUUAAUAGUAUGCAUGUUCCUCUAA